CCGAAGUUGAAUCAGCAGCAGACCUUGCGUCGUCGCGUUAACCAGCGAUUAUUCACAUUCGAGUUCUUCUGUCCGAGCCGGACUGAUCGUGUAAGUGCGUUUCAUUCCCCCCCUCUGUGUAUGUGGUAGUAGUUUUUGUACGCGCGCGUUAGUGAGUGUGUGUGUGCAAUCUGCAUUGCAUUUGCGAGAGGAAGUGGAAGAGUACUAAUACCACAGCACACUUGCCCUUACCGGUGUGUUGUUGUUACAUUACAAUUUGCAGAAUCCGCAACAAUCAUCGUCGCAGUUAACUGCAGUUCUUACUGAGUUCGGGUGGUGGUGCGUUUGUGCGUGUUUCUACGUACACGCAGAGUGUGCGAAUAGGAUUUUUUUAGCAACUUCUCAGUGGGCAGCAGUAGCCAGCCAGCAGCAGCCUUCUACUCCGAUUGGUGUUCCUAAUUACGUCUUCGAGAGAGAGUGCGCGCGUGUGUGUUGUUCGUGCGUCCGAGAGCGAUGAUGCUGUUUCGUGCUGCAUCCGCUUCCGAGACUCAUCAUCAUCCCACGAAGAUGAUGAUGAAGUUGGUUGUGUUUAUGAUGAUGAUGGUAGUGAUCGGUGUCUUCGGUGCUUCCGAGGAUAACACCGAUGGUCCGGUGUUCGUGCGCGAACCGCCGAAUCGCGUCGACUUCUCCAAUACGACUGGAGCCGUCCUCGAGUGCAGCGCCAGAGGUAAUCCUCUACCGGAGAUCAUCUGGGUGCGCAGCGAUGGAACGGCCGUCGGCAACGUGCCCGGUCUUCGCAACGUCCUCGCCAACGGAAAUCUCGUCUUUCUUCCGUUCCGAGCGGAAGACUACCGUCAGGAGGUGCACGCCCAGGUCUACUCUUGCCUCGCCAAGAACUCUGUCGGCUCCAUCAACUCCAGGGAUGUCAACGUUCGUGCAGUCGUUCAGCAGUUUUACCAGAGCCGCGUCAUCGACGAGUUCGUGUUGCGCGGCAACACGGGCAUCCUCAAAUGUCUGGUGCCCAGUUUCGUCACCGAUUUCGUUGCCAUAGAAGCAUGGAUUGGAGAUGACGGAUCUACGUUCACCUACGAACCGGACUUUCCCAGCACAAGACAACAACAACAUCAACAUCAACAACACGAUAGCAAAUAUUUGGUUCUUCCGAGCGGAGAGCUUCACAUCAGAGAUGUUGGACCCGAGGACGGAUACAAAUCUUACCAAUGCCGCACCAAGCAUCGUCUCACCGGAGAAACAAGACUCAGCGCAACCAAAGGACGUCUCGUCAUCACCGAACCGGUCGGAACGGUGGCGCCUCGUUGGACGGCCGGCACCUCCAAGAUCCAGACGCUGGACGGAGGCGUCGCGACGUCUCUGACCCUAAAGUGCCCGGCCCAGGCGUAUCCCGUCCCACUGUUCAGAUGGUUCAAAUUCGUGGAGGGAACGAGCAGGAAGCAGGUCAUCGCAUUGAACGAACGCGUCAAGCAGGUCGCUGGCACCCUGAUCAUCCGUGAGGCCAAAGUCGAGGAUUCCGGAAAGUAUCUGUGCGUCGUCAACAAUUCGGUGGGCGGAGAGAGCGUCGAGACCGUGCUGACCGUGACCGCACCACUGAAGGCGAGCAUCGAACCCCAAGUGCAGACCGUCGACUUCGGAAGACCAGCAGUCUUCACGUGCGCCUUCGAAGGCAACCCCAUCAAAACUAUUAGCUGGCUCAAGGAUGGACGCAAGAUCGACCAUUCCGAGGCGAUCCUUCGCAUCGACGCCGUUCGCAAGGAGGACAAGGGAAUGUACCAGUGCUUCAUAAGAAAUGACCAGGAGAGCGCCGAGGCCACCGCCGAACUCAAACUAGGAGGACGUUUCGAUCCUCCGCAGAUCCGUCACGCCUUCGACGAGCAAACCCUGAAACCCGGCUCAUCCGUCUACCUGAAAUGCUCGGCAAUCGGCAACCCGACGCCCGAAAUCACCUGGGAACUGGACGGAACGAGGCUUUCGAACAGCGACCGCUACCAGAUCGGCCAGUACGUAACUGUGAACGGCGAUGUCGUCUCAAAUCUGAACAUCACCGGCAUCCACACCAACGACGGAGGUAUCUACAAGUGCACGGCCGGUAGUAAAGUCGGUUCGGCCGAGCACGUCGCCAAGAUCAACGUCUACGGUAUUCCGUUCGUCAAGAAGAUGGAGAAACAAUCGAUCGUCGCCGGAGGAACCUUGAUCGUCCAUUGCCCGGUAGCUGGAUAUCCGAUCGAAUCGAUCGUAUGGGAAAGAGAUUCUCGUCAACUUCCGACCAGCAAAAAACAAAAGGUCUUCAGCAACGGUACCCUCAUCAUCGAGAACGUCGAACGCUCCUCCGAUCAAGCGACCUACGCCUGCGUCGCCAAGAACUCGCAAGGAUACAACGCCAGAGGAAUGCUCGAAGUUCAAGUGAUGGUCGCUCCUCGCAUCGUUCCGUUCGAGUUCGAAGAUGGUCCUCUGGAGAGCGGACAGUACACUUCCAUUCAGUGCAGCGUCCCGCAAGGGGAUUUCCCUUUAACAAUCUCUUGGUAUUUCAAUGAAAAACCUAUUAAUGAUUAUGAUGAAUCGAGAGUGUUGGUAUCUGCUGUCGGACGUAGAAGCAGCAGUUUGGUCAUCGAAUCUGUGGAUUACGGGCACGCCGGGAAUUACACGUGCAGAGCUAAGAAUCGUGCAGGAAUCGCCGAUUUCACGUCCCUCUUGACAGUGUACGUUCCACCGAGAUGGAUCCUCGAACCCACCGACAAAGCGUUCGCGCAAAGCUCAGACGCCGCAGUCGAAUGCAAAGCUGACGGAUUCCCGAAGCCCACAGUUACCUGGAAGAGGGCCACAGGAUCCGUUCCCGGAGAUUACAAAGACUUCAAACCCAACAAUCCAGACAUUAAGGUCGAAGAUGGUACUCUCAUGAUUAACAACAUCCAGAAGAGCAACGAAGGUUAUUAUCUGUGCGAGGCAGUCAAUGGCAUCGGUUCCGGUUUAUCAGCAGUCGUCUUGAUCAGCGUUCAAUCUCCACCGCAAUUCGACAUCAAACUUAGGAAUCAGACGUCCCGCCGCAACGAUCCUGCUGUCCUGCAGUGCGAGGCAAAGGGCGAAAAACCUAUUGGCAUCUUGUGGAACAUCAACGGAAAGAGAUUGGAACCGAAGGGAGACAGCCGUUACACCAUCCGCGAAGAGAUCCUGCCCACCGGAGUCUUAUCCGAUCUGAGCAUCAAGCACACCGAGCGAUCCGAUUCAGCCCUUUUCACGUGCGUCGCGACGAACGCAUUCGGCAGCGACGACACCAGCAUCAACAUGAUCGUGCAGGAAGUACCGGAAGUGCCGUACGAGUUGAAGGUCCUCGAUAAAUCCGGACGUUCCGUGCAGUUGUCGUGGGUUGCCCCGUACGACGGUAACGCUCGCAUCACCAGAUACCAAAUCGAGUACAAACAGAUCAAGAUGCGAUGGGACGAAGGAUUGGAGCGCGUCCUUGUGCCUGGCGAUCAGACCGAAGCUGGAGUUUUCACCUUGAAACCGGCGACCACGUAUCACAUCAGGAUCGUCGCCGAGAACGAACUGGGAUCGAGCGAGCCUUCCGAUACUGUCACCAUCAUCACGGCCGAAGAAGCACCGGGCGGUCCACCAUCCGGCAUCCGCGUCGAAGCAAACGAUCAGCACGCACUGAAGAUCUUCUGGAAACCACCGAACCGCUCCGACUGGAACGGCGACAUCCUCGGCUACUACGUCGGCUACAAACUCGCAUCCGCCGAUAAACCGUACGUCUUCGAUACCGUCGAAUUCAGCCGUGUCGAAGGAUCCGAGCAUCAUCUCCUCAUCACCAACUUGAAGACUUACACUCAGUACUCGGUCGUCGUGCAGGCAUUCAACAAGGUCGGAGCCGGUCCCAUGUCCGAGGACAUCAAGGCGUACACGGCCGAAGGAUCUCCGGAGCAGCCACCGCAUGACACCACCUGCACCACUCUCACCGCACAGACGAUCCGCGUCUCCUGGGUAUCGCCCACUUUGACCGCAGCCAACGGAGUCAUCAAGGGUUACAAGGUCAUCUACGGUCCGACCGAAUCCUGGUUCGACGAGAACACCAAAGACGCUAAGAUCACCGCUUCCACCGAAACCAUUCUGCACGGACUCAAGAAGUACACCAACUACAGCAUGCAGGUGCUCGCUUACACGUCCGGAGGCGACGGUGUCCGCAGCAACCCGAUCUUCUGUCAGACGGAGCAGGACGUGCCCGAAGCACCGAUCGCUGUCAAGGCUCUGGUCAUGUCGUCCGAUUCGAUCCUCGUCUCCUGGAAGCCACCGGUAGAGCCGAACGGCAUCGUCGAACAGUACACGGUUUACGUGAGGGAGGCAUCAAACGAUGGCGAUAACGAUAACGACCACAAGCAGCAAUCAGGAGAUGUGAAACCGCGCGCCCAUCGCGUCGUACCCAACGUGAAGAACCAGAAUCUGAGCUACCAGGCAAAGGAUCUGGACGAGAGACGCAGAUACGAGUUCUGGGUGACCGCCUCCACCAACAUCGGCGAAGGACAAGCCUCGAAGAGCGUCACCGUCGCACCCGGCUCCAAGAUUCCCGCAAAGAUCGCCUCCUUCGAUGACUCCUUCACAACCACCUACAAAGAGGACAUCACUUUACCGUGUCUCGCCGUCGGCCAACCGCAACCUGAAAUCGCCUGGAAGAUCAAGGGAGUUCAGUUCGCCGCCGCCAACGAUCGCAUCCGUCAGCAAUCCGACGGAUCACUGUUCAUUCGCGACGUCACCAGAACCGAUGCAGGCGAAUACUCGUGUCACGUCGAGAACUCUUUCGGUCAGGAUUCCGUCACGCAUCAGCUCGUCGUCAAUUCGCCGCCCCAUUCUCCAUUGGUAACUCUGACCUCUACCACGACCGGAUCCUUAACGAUCAAGCUGAAACCUCAUCCGACCGACGUCGAACCCAUCCACGGUUACACCGUCCACUACAAACCUGAAUUCGGCGAAUGGGAAACGGUGCAGGUGCCCAGUCACACCGACAAGUACACCCUCGAGAAGUUGCUCUGCGGCACCAGGUAUCAGCUCUACGUCACUGCCUACAACAGCAUCGGAACAGGAGAUCCAUCCGACAAUCUGAACACGAGAACGAGAGGCGAGAAACCGAUCAUCCCGAGCGCCGAUAAAUUCAUCGAAGUCUCCUCCAACAGCAUCACUCUGCACUUUGACGAAUGGUCCGAUGGCGGAUGUCCGAUGCUCUACUUUGUCGUCGAACACAAGAAAAAGGUCAGCUCCGAAUGGAUCCAAGUCUCGAACCAUGUUAAACCAGGUGGCAACUUUGUCGUGCUCGAUCUCGAUCCGGCCAUGUGGUAUCAUCUCCGUGUCACCGCUCACAACAACGCAGGAUUUAAUGUCGCCGAAUAUGAAUUUGCCACUCUCACCGUUACAGGAGGUACUAUCGCUCCGGCCAGAGAACUGCCCGGCGCCAGAUUCUUAUUCCCAUGGCUACCCGAAUGGGUUGAUCUGAACAUCGCGGUGCCGGUCGCAGCCACCGUGAUCGUCGUCGCCGUCGGCAUCAUCGUCAUCUGCGUCGCAGUCUCUAGGCGAGCCCACGGACCCACCCAAACCAGAUUGACUAGCGAUUGUAGGUUUUAUGAUGUCGUGUACAACCAAUCGGUGAACGCCGUUGGAACUUUGGACAAGAGGAGGCCGGAUUUGAGGGACGAAUUGGGAUACAUCGCUCCACCGAACAGGAAGUUACCCCCCGUGCCCGGAUCCAACUACAACACGUGCGAUAGGAUCAAGCGAGGUACCAUAAGACCACACUACCGUAGCCACUCGACCUGGGACCCCAGGAGGCACCUGUACGAAGAACUGAGCAACCGCAGGGGCUCUAACGAAACCGUUCACACUCACAGAGGAGGCAUGGAGGACGAGAUCUGCCCGUACGCAACCUUCCAUCUGCUCGGCUUCAGAGAAGAGAUGGAUCCCAGCAAGGCUAUGCAAUUCCAGACUUUCCCUCAUCCACAUGCCGGCACCAUGGGUCCAUCCGGGAUGAACACACCGCAUCAGGCUCAUUCCAGGGCCGGAUCUCAAUCGAUGCCCAGACAGAACAGGCGUUACGACCGCGUUGGCUCUCAAGGUAGUCAGUACUACACCCAGUGCAACGGAAGCAUCUACAGCCCUGGACCCGAAUACGAUGAUCCCGCAAAUUGCGCCCCAGAAGAUGAGCAGUACGGCAGCCAGUACGGAGGAUACGGAAACCCCUACGAUCAGUACGGAAGUCGCGGCAGCAUCGGCAGACGUUCCAUGGGAUCCCUCAGAGUACCACCACAGACCGCCGGUAGUCCCGAACCACCACCACCUCCACCAAGGAACCACGACCCCAACGACUCCAAGGACAGCAACGAGAUCUCCGAAGCGGAAUGCGAUCGUGAUCAGCUCAUCAACAGCCGCACCUACGGAGAAAAGAAAGAAGAAGUAAUGAGAAAUAGCGCUAAGGAUGGCAUGAACCACGAGGAGAUGAGAAAACUGAUUGAGAGGAGAUCAAAUGAAAUCCCAGGGCAAACAAACGGGGGACUCACAACCUACGAUACUGUGGCAGUGUAAUCUGUAAACGACCAUCGCUGCUAUCACUAUGACGACGACGACAACUGCAGACGACACCGAUCGAAUGAAUUUGGACGACGACGACGACGACGACUAUACUCUGAUCCGAUCUGAUAUCUAUAUAUGAUUGGAUAAAAGCAUUUGUUUUCUUUUUUAUCGCAUUUUUUGUUUGUUUCUUUGUUUUGAUUUACUACUGUAAUUA